AUGGCUCAGGACCAAGCAGUGCUUCUCUCUGUGGAACACAGGUCGCUAUGUGCUGGAAUUGACUUCCGGGCAACUAACACUACCACCAUCUAUCAGGGAAAACUCCUAAGUGGAGAUGGAAGAUUUGAAUUAAAGCGAGCGUUCUCCUGCAUUUCACAGCUUCCAUAGCCACAGAGAGUUGUUCAGUUACCUGACAUUUCAUGGGACCAAUAUACCAAUAGUCUUGGGAACUUUGAAAGAGAAUUUAAAAACCGUAAGAGACAUACUAGGAGAGUUAAACUAGUUUUCGAUAAAGUAGGUUUACCUGCUAGACCAAAAAGUCCUUUAGAUUCUAAGAAGGAUGGGGAUUCCCUUUCUUACUCUAUGUUGCCUUUGAGUGAUGGUCCAGAAGGCUCCAACAGUCGUCCUCAAAUGAUAAGGGGACGCCUCUGUGAUGAUACCAAACCUGAAACAUUUAACCAAUUAUGGACCAUAGAAGAACAGUUCUUGAAAUACCCCAAAGAAGUAGAAUCUCGGCGCUGGCAGAUCACAGAUGAAUUGGGCAAUAGGACAGCAAAACAGGUUGCCAGCCGAGUGCAAAAGUAUUUCAUAAAGCUAACAAAUGCUGGCAUUCCAGUCCCAGGAAGAACACCAAACUUAUACAUGUACUCCGAACAGUCUUCAACAAGCAGACGACAGCACCCCCUUAAUAAACAUCUCUUUAAACCUUCCACUUUCAUGACCUCCCAUGAACCUCCAGUUUACAUGGAUGAAGAUGAUGACCGUUCCGGUUUUCACAGCCACAUGAGCACUGCUGUUGAGGAGGCAUCUGAUGCAGAAAGUAUUCCUAUUGUGUUUAGAAAUUUACCUGAAUAUAAGGAACUAUUACAGUUUAAAAAAAUUAAAGAAACAGAAACUUCCCAACAGAUGCAAGCAGAAAAUGGAUUUGUACAACAUGUGGGCUUUAAGUGUGGUAACUGUGGCAUAGAACCCAUCCAGGGCAUUCGGUGGCACUGCCAGGAUUGUCCUCCAGAAAUGUCUUUGGAUUUCUGUGAUUCUUGUACUGACUGCCUACAUGAAACAGAUAUGCACAAGGAAGAUCACCAAUUAGAACCUGUUUAUAGGUCAGAGACAUUCUUAGACAGAGACUACUGUGUGUCCCAGGGCACCAGUUACAAUUACCUUGACCCAAACUACUUUCCAGCGAACAGAUGA